UACACCUCUACAGCCCAGGUACAGUAUACACACAGAUCAUGAUGGGAGCCACAUGCAUCUAGUGAACACUACAAAUACAAGGCAGUUAAUCAUUGAAAAUACUUAGAUAAAGACAAGACCAAGGCUAACUAGAAAGAGAAGGAAGUACAGAAGGACGAGGGAGAUCCAGGAAAACCUGACGGGAGAUCCAGGAAAACCUGACGGGAGAUCCAGGAAAACCUGACGGGAGAUCCAGGAAAACCUGACCGCACGUCAAGCAGUAGCUGAUGGUGGCCGGCUGUGAAUUCAGAUAACGUGGACCUACAAUGCCGAUCCCGGGGGUGUACCAGAAGGUGGCAGAGGGGCAGCAGUCUCAGAGGAAGACGGGAACGGUGGAUGCCCCCAAAAAGUUCAAAGCACAAGACUUCAACAGCCUUCGGGAAACUUGUCUGAAUAGAAGGCAGUUGUUUGAGGAUGAUGUAUUCCCUGCCAGCCUCUAUUCUAUUGGACAGGAUUUGCUGUCCCAGGACAAACUACUCAGCAUUAAAUGGAAAAGACCAAGUGAGUUAAACCAAGAUCCCCGUUUUCUCGUUGAUGGAGCAAGCAUUUUUGACAUUAUGCAAGGAGAAAUAGGUGACUGCUGGGUUCUUUCUGCUGUUGGAGCUUUAACUUUGCACCGGAAGUUUCUUGAAAAUGUUGUUCCCAAAGACCAGGAAUUCACACACAAAUAUGCUGGAAUCUUUCACUUUAGGUUCUGGCAGUACGGAGAAUGGGUGGACGUGGUGGUUGAUGACCGUCUACCUUUACUUAACGGCAGAUACUUGUCUGUUCAGCCAAGGAGUAACAAUGAAUUCUGGCCGUCCCUGCUGGAGAAAGCCUAUGCCAAGCUACGUGGCUCCUACCAGAAUUUGCACUGGGGGUUUAUCUCAGAGGCACUGGUGGAUUUCACAGGAGGGGUCCAGCUUGAUUUUGACUUAUCCAAACCUCCUCCAGACCUUCGCGAUAUUGUCCUAGCAGCAGCAAGAUCUGGAUCACUCAUGGGAGCUACAACUCCAGGAAAUCUUCAUACUGGAAAUAUAGAACUGCAGAAUGGAAUUGUACAAGGCCACGCCUACACAGUUACGGAUGGCUUACAGAUUGACUAUAACAACAGAACAGAGGACAUUGUCCGAGUGUGGAAUCCGUGGGGACAGGGCGAAUGGAACGGACGUUGGAGUGAUCGUUCCCCGCAGUGGGAUAGAGUCCAACCAGAACUAAGGAGACGGCUCAACGUCGAAAGGAAUGAUGGAGAAUUCUGGAUGUCCUGCCAGGAUUUCAUGCAGAAUUUCAGCCAAGUGAACAUCUGUAACCACACCCCGACCUACUUAGAUUUCGAGAACCCUCAGCACAUCUGGGAGUGCACCAGUUACUACAAUCAGUGGGUGAGGGGAAGCACCGCGGGCGGCUGCAAUACCUCAGAGGACAUAUGGAAGAAUCCGCAGUAUGUGAUCACAAUUCCAGAAAAUCAGAAGAUAGGAUACAAUGUCACCGUGGCUCUUAUGCAGAGUCUGACCAAUGAGAGGAAGUACAAUCCCCGCUGGUUACCUAUUGGAUUUGUCUUUUGCAAGGUUACCGCCAAGGGAACAAAGAAUGGGUCACAGCAAAAAUUCUCUCGUCAACAAGCCUCAGAAACAAUAAACACCAAUUUGGAGCGUGCACGAGAAGUCACCAAGUCAUUUGUAGCUCCCCCUGGAACAUAUGUCAUCUUACCCUUCACACAGAACAAGGGGCAAGAGUCCGAGUUUCUCUUGAGGAUCUUCAUGAAGACAUCUAAGAUUGCUGAAUAUCAAGGAUUACAAACGGCGUCACGGGAGGAUAACCCAGAGCAAUACACCAACAGUUCCUCUGCACAAUAUCAAGGAUCACAAGCACCACAAACAGUGUCACUGGAGGACAACCAAGCACCAUACCCAAACAAUACCUCAACUCCAUACCAGAGCAUAAAAGCACCACAAAAAGUCAUUGAUGAUGCUCUCUUUGAGAACAAUGCAUUGUUAAGUGACUUUGAAUCAAGUCUUUGGGUAAAUCGCCAGACUCCUACGGCUGUUUUAAAAAAAUAUAAAGAUGACAGCUAUGAGAAUGUUUUUGCCCGUUACGCAGACCAGAGCUCAGAACUGUAUGCAGAACAGCUACAGAAGCUGCUAAAUGAUGUGAUAAUUCCAGACCCAACCUUCAAUGCAGACCGUUCAGCGUUUAGCUUGGAUUCCUGCCGAGGGAUUUUAAUGCUGAUGGAUCUUAAUGUUAAUGGGAAACUCAGCCUUCAGGAAUUUUCCCGUUUCUGGAAAAGACUGAACAUGUGUAAGGACAUGUUCCGGUCCACUGAUGUGAACCAAACUGGAUAUAUUGAUAAAUAUGGACUUGUUCGAGCUGUUCAAGACUUAGGUCUCCCAGUCAGUGAUGCCGUCAUGAAUAUUAUGCUUUUAAGAUAUGGAAGCUAUUCCAAAAAGUUGACCUUUGCAGACUUUGUGUGCUGCAUGAUCCGUCUGGAAACUGUGUCAAAGGUGUUUCAGAAUUUAACUAAAGAUGGAGGAGGCAUCUACCUGACCGCAGAAGAGUGGAUGCAGAUUAUAAUGUCCAGCUAGUAUCACAUUGGACAAUGCUGCAUCAUGGCCACCCACUGUGAACACACAAGACGAACCGGAAGACUGAUCUUCAAAAUGAAUACUUGGAAAGAUUAACACCAAAGUGUGCUUUAUUAUUUAAUUGUUUUUUAAAUGUUUGUUUUUAAACUCUAUAUUUUUAUAGCAGCUUAAGGCUAAUGUACAGUUGUGCGGCAAAUUCAGCUACUAUGUGAUGCACUUAGCACUAGGACUAUAUGGUAACACGGGAUGGAUGUACACACUCCGGAGUUCUAGGUACUUUGACUUCUCCAGAUCCCCUGGUUUCCCGCAGCACUCUAUACAUUACUGUGCACUGACUGUGAAUGAUAUCCACGGGUUCCUUGCUCCCCUUUAAUAGGUAUUCUGAACACCAUUUUUGAGAAGCCUAUCUUAAUUCUUGGAACAUGACCAGGGACAUAACUUAAAUUUAAGUGGCCCGAUAGCAAGAUUUUGAUGGAUCAGUUUUCCUCUGUUCAUUGCUGAAGGCAAUAAAUAAACUCAGAGAUGGGGGGAAGAAAGAGAGAUUUGUUACUAAGCACAGCUCAAGAUCAGGGUUUCCUUACCUGUACACUGAUUUUCUAUGUUUAAGUUGCCUUAAUAAACUCCCUAGUGGGGGGCCCCUGGUGGUUUUCUUGGUUACUUUCAUGGCCCGAGCCAAACUACAAAGAAGUUCAAAGAAUCCCUUUACCAUUCCACAUAAAGUUCCUUACUUUCAAAGCCCCAAAACCUUUGUGGUCCAUCAUAAUUCCAGCCCUUACUGAAGUUUUUAUUUUGAGUUGAUCUCAACCUGUUACCUGAAUUUGUAGAUAAUAAUUUUAGAAGAAAUUUUAAAUGAACUGUAAUAUUUAAAAUGUUAUGGAUGUUUUUAUGUGUCUAAUUUUUGUUUUUUGAAAAAAUAAAUUAUAGGCCGACAGAAGUUAAUAAAUGUUCAAAAAAGCAA